AUGCCAGGAAUAAAAGGCUUUAGUAUUUUAGGGUGGUCCAAAAAUUUGGGGCCUGGGCCUCUGGAGUGGCGAGAGGGCAGGAUCGAGCGAGAGCGAGCGAGCGAACGAGCGAGAAUAGAGGAGUAUCGAGGGGAGAUGCCAAUAGCGCAGCGAUUGAGGAUCACCAAGAGCGACACGAGCGAUCAAAUUGCCUUGUUUGAUCAUGGCGAUGGCGGCGACAACAGUGGUAGGAGGCGAUCGUUCGAUUACACAAGCCUCAGCGAUCUCAUGUCCAGCCGCGUAAAGAAGCAGCAAUCCCAGCACCAAUCUCUCAAGAAUCCCAGCCCCUCUCCAAGGAUUCCCAUCAAGAACAGGCUAGUGGAGCAGGCCGCCAAGGCCUACCUCCGCCCAUCGUCUCCACCGACAGCAAAAGCGAGGAACUCCGCCAAGUGCUCUCCCUCGAGCUGCGCCUGGCGGAGCUACAUCAGGAUCCCGUUUGAUGCCUGCCGCGCGCUCUUCGUGUGGCUGGAUCUUCGCAAUCUCUUCCGGCCUCUCAAGUGGCAAGCGUUUGCGACGACGAGGAUGCGAUGAGUCUCGACCGACGGCGCAAGAGUUUGAUCGAUCCAAAGUCGUGGGCUCACGAGGAAACCGCAGUGGAGGAGUUUUCCAUCCAUAGCUCUCUCGCUCGGCGCCGUCGAGGAGAAGGCAAAAGGUUGUCGUGUACAAAAAGACGUUUUCUCCUGUAUAAAUGGAAGCAUUCAUUAAAUGAUCA